AUGACGGCAGCUGGCACAUCUAGCGGCGAGACACCAGCCGCAUUAGCUGAAUUAGUAACUCAAGUGUCUCCAAAUUCCCAACCGCAGAGGAAUACGCGUCAACCUGUUCGCAAGACUAAGAAAAAGAAACAGCCUGCUCCCAGUGAAACUGAGAAGAACAUCGGCAGUCACGAGAAUACCAAUAAACAGCCCCAACAAUCGUUAUCGACUUCAGAAAAUGACGCUCAAUCACCCCAUACUGAACAGCCUCCACAAAGACCCGAGCAGAUUCCUACAACAGCGACAAACAAUGUAAAAGAAGAAACUCAGCCAACGAAAGAACCUUCCAAACCAGUACCCAAACAGCGCAAAAAGAAGUCAAAAUUAUCUUCAUUCUUCUCUUCCAUCGUUCCAUGCGUUGGAGAAUCAUCAAGAAAUCCAGCGCACGACAUUUCAUCGAGUGAGGCACCACACAAAACACAAAAUCAACCGUCAGCAUCAACAUCACGGCGGAAGUCUAAUAAUAACAUAAAUAACUCAAGUACAGUAGACCUUAGUCAGAAUAAUGAAGAUGAUAUACCACCUGCUACGCCAGUCAUACCUUCUCAAGGAGUUGAUAUGCCUCUAUCAGAUACAGCUGGAUUGACCUCAGGAGCUGUUAUGCCCCCCGGAAAAGAAUUAAAUCCACCAACACCAUCUCGUCAACCAUCCACUCACCAACACCACGAAAGCGAAUCUUCUGAGGAAGAGGAAGAAGAGGAAGUUGAUGAAUUUGAGAGUGAGCUGGCAGAUGAGGAGCGCAUAAUCGCAAAAGGUGGAAUGGGUAUACCAGUUGGUGAGGAUGGUCAACCUAACCCUCUUUUACCUCCUUUAAUCACAUCAGACAAUGGCAAAAAGUGCUUAGUUUUGGAUUUGGAUGAGACUUUAGUGCACAGUUCAUUUAAAUUAAUUCAGCAUGCUGAUUACGUGGUACCUGUUGAAAUUGAGUCGCAAACUCACAACGUAUACGUGAUAAAGCGCCCAGGAGUUGAUGCUUUCCUUAAGAGAAUGGGUGAUUUGUUUGAAAUUGUCGUAUUCACAGCUUCACUAUCUAAAUACGCCGACCCAGUAUUAGAUAUGUUGGAUAUCAACAGAGUAGUCAGGCACCGAUUAUUCAGAGAAAGUUGUUACAAUCAUAAAGGAAAUUAUGUCAAGGAUCUCUCACAAUUAGGUAGACUGAUCAACGAUAGUAUAAUCAUCGAUAAUAGCCCUGCAUCUUACGUAUUUCAUCCAAACAAUGCAGUACCAGUUUCAAGUUGGUUCAAUGAUCCUCAUGAUACUGAAUUGACCGAUUUGUGUCCUUUCUUGACAGAUUUGACAGCGGUUGAUGAUGUUAGAGGCAUAUUAAAUGGUACUUUAUUAGCUUCAUAG